AUGGCAAUAGCAAACAUCUUGGAUCAAUCUACAACCGCCUACAAGCCCUUGAAGGAUCAUCUCAUGCCAAUUACAAGAGAGAGAGGAGUCCAACACCCAACCACCCUCCCUUUUAUUGCAAUGCCAUCACAAGAAGAAGCACUACUCAAGUCCAUGAAGGACAAUGAAGAAGAAGAAAGAGAGUAUGAGGAACAAUUGAAUGAUGAAGAUGAAGAGCAGAGCAUCGACAUCAAUGCUUCCCCAAAACAGAGCAUGGAUACACCUAGCCCUAGAGACCCUCGUUUCUCACCAAGAAGUCAAGCUUCUACACUUCCAAGAUUGGAAGCAAUGCAAAGACCAUCACCACCUACUGAAGAAGAAGAUACUUGGCAGUAUGAUCCCAUUGAUCCCAACAAGAUAAGCCCCAUGAAGCUUAAAGAGUUCAAUGCUAAGGUGAAAUCACUUCCAUUCUAUGUCACUUUUGAAGAAGCUUGGGAUAAACAUGGUCUAGUGGAGUUCUUUUUCACAACUAGUGAAAACAAAGAAGAGAUACACCAACUUUUCAGGAAGGCACGAUUUCCCCUUGCCCCUCAUGCAGUCAAUCAACCACCAUCACCACCAUCAUCACCACCACCCAGUGCCACCUUCAAGACCCUCUACAAGAUUGAAGACCCAGGUCAAUUCUCUAUUCCCUGUCAAGUAAAUGGUCAUUACUUUGAUAGAACACUAUGCGAUUCUGGCUCUUGCAUAAACCUCAUGCCAACCCAAACCGCCAAACUCCUUGGCAUCACACGCUUGCAACCUGCUCAAAUUAGUAUUGGACUUGCUAACCAUACUAUAGCCAAGCCAAGAGGAGUUGUUAUUGAUGUUCUUCUAGAGAUUGGAGAUAUCAAGAUCCCGGUGGACUUUCAUGUCAUGAACAUCAAGGAGGAUGUGACACACCAUUGA